AUGCCCCUGCUGCACCAGUUGGAGCUGGGCUACCAGCUGGGCUGGCCGCGGCGCAGCAGCUUCGCAGAGAUUCAGAUCGAUGAGGAAGGAAUACCCAGACAGGAAGGCGGAGUGCCUACUUGUUGCACCACCGGAGGUGUUGAGGGCUCAGGGCAGCCAUGCUUGCCCAAUUGCAGGUUGGAUCCUCGCUUCAUGAAAAGCAGUGCUCAAUUAGAGGCAGAGCGGAUUGCUGAGCAGGAGGCGAAGGAGCAUCGAUCUGGCCUCAGCCAGAGCCGCGAGGCUCGCGAGGCUGGCCGGAAUGGCCAGGCCGGCCAGGUCGGCCAGGCAGGUGAGGCGAGCUCCAGCCGCCGCGGACCUGGCCGAAGGCAGCGGAGGCAUGCCAAAGAAGAGCUGGCAGGUGAGGUGUCAAGGUUUUGGGGCCCUGAUGGCCAAUACAACCCCUAUGGCCAGUUCUUCCCUGCACCACCUGCACCGCCUCGGAAGCCAGGCUUCUGGCUUUGGCGUCAAUCAGAAGAGGCCUCCAAGAUGUCCUCACCGGAUCCACAAUACUUCGUCACUGAUUGGAUGAGACGCAUCAGCAACAUGAACUUCAAAGGCUGGGCGGCUGGUCCUGUAGAGAUCGAGCCGAAGGUGGUGGCAAAUGUCUCGAAGUGGCACCCGCCACCACCUUUGCCUCGAUGA